AUGCUUGUCUUGGGUGGCUGCAAGACAGCCAACUUCCUCAGCGAGCUCAAGUUCGUCCGCAAGCUGCUGUCCGACUUCCCCGUGGUGCCCACGGCCACGCGCGUGGCCAUCGUGACUUUCUCGUCCAAGAACAACGUGGUGCCGCGCGUCGACUACAUCUCCUCCCGCCGCGCGCACCAGCACAAGUGCGCUCUGCUCAGCCGCGAGAUCCCCGCCAUCACCUACAAGGGUGGCGGCACCUACACCAAGGGCGCCUUCCAGCAAGCCGCGCAAAUUCUUCAUCAUUCUAGAGAAAAUGCGACAAAAGUUAUAUUUCUCAUCACUGACGGCUAUUCCAAUGGGGGAGAUCCUAGGCCAGUUGCAGCAAUGCUGCGAGAUUUUGGAGUGGAGAUCUUCACUUUUGGCAUAUGGCAAGGGAACAUUCGAGAGCUGAAUGACAUGGCUUCUCCCCCAAAGGAGGAGCACUGCUACCUGCUCCACAGUUUUGAAGAAUUUGAGGCUUUAGCUCGCCGGGCAUUGCACGAAGAUCUGCCUUCUGGGAGUUUCAUUCAAGAGGAUAUGUCUCAUUGCUCACAUCUGUGUGAAGCCGGCAGAGACUGCUGUGACCGAAUGGCUAGCUGCAAAUGUGGGACACACACAGGUCAAUUUGAAUGCGUCUGUGAAAAGGGAUAUUACGGGGAAGGCCUGCAGUAUGAGUGCACAGCUUGCCCACCAGGGACAUUUAAACCAGAAGGUGUGCCAGGCGGUAUCAGCACUUGCCUUCCGUGUCCUGAUGAAAAUCACACCUCUCCACCAGGAAGUACGUCCCCUGAGGACUGCGUCUGCAAGGAGGGCUUCCAGGCAUCCGGCCAGACCUGCGAGGUUGUGCACUGCCCUGCCCUGAAGCCUCCAGAAAACGGUUACUUUAUCCAAAACACUUGCCACAACCACUUCAAUGCAGCCUGUGGGGUCCGAUGUCACCCUGGAUUUGACCUCGUGGGAAGCAGCAUCCUCUUGUGUCAACCCAAUGGUUUGUGGUCCGGUUCAGAGAGCUACUGCAAAGUAAGAACAUGCCCUCGUCUCCGCCAACCCAGACAUGGCCGCCUGAGCUGUUCCACGGGGGAAAUGUCCUACAAGACAACGUGUUUGGUUACCUGCAAUGAAGGGUACAGACUAGAAGGAAGUGCUAAGCUGACCUGUCAAGGGAAUGCCCAGUGGGAUAGUUUAGAACCCCGCUGUGUAGAGCGCCAGUGCGCCACCUUUCAGAUGCCCAAAGGUGUCAUCGUGUCCCCCGCCAGCUGCGGCAGGCAGCCAACCAAACCUGGGACAGUUUGUCAGCUCAGUUGCCACGAAGGAUACAUUUUAGCUGGAGUCAGAGAAGAAUUGCGAUGUACCACCUCUGGAAAAUGGAGCGCCAGGGUUCAGACAGCUGUUUGUAAAGAUGUGGAGGCUCCUCAAAUCAACUGUCCUCCGGAUAUAGAGGCUAAGACGCAGGAACAGCAGGACUCUGCUAAUAUCACCUGGCAAAUCCCAACAGCUAAAGACAACUCUGGGGAAAAGCUGUCAAUCCAUGUCCAUCCAGCUUUUACCCCACCUUACCUCUUCCCCAUUGGAGAGGUUGCUAUCACGUACACGGCAAUUGACCUAUCCAGCAACCAAGCCAGCUGCACUUUCCAUAUCAAGGUCAUUGAUGUGGAGCCACCUAGCAUAGACAGGUGCAGAUCCCCACCUCCCAUCCAGGUCUCCGAGAAGCAGCAUCCUGCAACCUGGGAUGAGCCUCAGUUCUCAGACAACUCGGGGGCCGUGCUGGUCAUCACCAGAAGUCACACCCCAGGAGACCUCUUCCCUCAAGGGGAGACUGUGGUGCGGUAUACAGCCACUGACCCCUCCGGCAAUAAAAGAACAUGUGACAUUCACAUUGUCCUGAAAGGUUCUCCCUGUGAAAUUCCAUUUACCCCUGUAAAUGGGGAUUUCGUAUGUACUCAAGAUAGUGCUGGAGUUAACUGCACAUUAAGUUGCCUGGAGGGCUAUGAUUUCACAGAGGGGUCUAUGGAGAAGUAUUACUGUGCUUAUGAAGAUGGUAUCUGGAGACCACCGUAUUCCACUGAAUGGCCAGAUUGUGCUAUAAAACGUUUUGCAAAUCAUGGGUUCAAGUCCUUUGAGAUGCUGUACAAAGCAACUCGUUGUGAUGACACGGACCUGUUGAAAAAGUUUUCAGAAGCAUUUGAGACGACCCUGGGGAAAAUGGUGCCAUCAUUCUGCAGUGACGCUGAUGACAUUGACUGCAGACUGGAGGACCUGACCAAAAAAUACUGCCUGGAGUAUAAUUAUGACUACGAAAAUGGCUUUGCAAUUGGACCAGGAGGUUGGGGUGCAGCUAAUCGGCUAGAUUACUCUUAUGAUGACUUCUUGGACUCUGUGCAAGAAACACCCGCAGGUGCUGGCAAAGCUAGAUCUUCACGAACUAAAAGAAGUGCCCCAUUAACUGACCACAAAGUUAAGUUAACUUUUAACAUCACAGCUAGUGUGCCUUUACCUGAUGAAAGAAAUGACACUAUUGAAUUGCAAAAUCAGCGACGACUCAUUAACACAUUGGAAACUAUCACCAAUCACUUGAAAAUGACCCUUGAUAAGGAGCCCAUGUAUUCCUUCCAGCUGGCAUCUGAAAUACUCGUAGCCGAUAGCAAUUCCUUAGAAACGGAAAAGGCUUUCCUCUUCUGCAGACCAGGCUCAGUGCUCAGAGGGCGCAUGUGUGGUAAGACUUGCCCCUGCAAUNNCUAUUAUUCUGUGACUCGGUAUGCCUGUGAAAGCUGCUUGAUGGGAUCGUAUCAAGAUGAAGAAGGACAACUUGAGUGCAAACCCUGUCCAACUGGGACUAACACUGAAUAUCUCCAUUCAAGAAACAUCUUGGAAUGUAAAGCUCUUUGUAAACAAGGCACCUACUCAUCAAAUGGGCUUGAGACUUGUGAAUCGUGUCCACUGGGCAGUUAUCAGCCAGCCGUUGGAGCCCGGAGCUGCCUCUCAUGUCCAAGGAACACUUCGACUGUGAAGAGAGGAGCCGUGGACAUUUCUGCUUGUGGAGUACCUUGUCCACUAGGAGAAUUCUCUCGCUCUGGGUUAAUGCCCUGUCAUCCUUGUCCUCAAGACUACUACCAACCCGAUGCAGGAAAGUCCUUCUGCUUGGCUUGUCCCUUUUACGGAACUACAACCUUCGCUGGCGCCACAUCCAUCACAGAUUGUUCCAGUUUUGGUUCUACUUUCUCAGCAGCAGAGGAAAGUAUAGUGCCCCAAAGUUCUCUGGGACAUAUCAAAAAGAAGUAUGAAGUUGGCAGUCAGGUUUUCCACGAAUGCUUCUUAAACCCCUGCCACAAUAGUGGGACCUGCCAACAACUUGGCCAUGGUUAUGUCUGCCUCUGUUCACCUGGAUAUACCGGCUCAAAGUGUGAAACAGACAUUGAUGAAUGCAGCUCACUGCCAUGCCUCAACAAUGGAAUUUGUAAAGACCACGUAGGGGAAUUCAUUUGUGAAUGUCCAUCUGGUUACACAGGUCCACUAUGCGAAGAAAACAUAAAUGAGUGCAGCUCCAGUCCCUGUCUAAAUAAAGGCGUCUGCGUGGAUGGUGUGGCUGGCUAUCGCUGCACAUGUGCAAAAGGAUACAUAGGCCUGCACUGUGAGACAGACAUCAAUGAAUGCCAGUCAAGCCCAUGCUUAAAUAAUGCAGUCUGUGAAGAUCAGGUUGGGAGGUUCUUGUGCAAAUGCCCAGCUGGAUUUUGGGGUACCCGGUGUGAAAAAAACAUGGAUGAGUGUCUCAGUCAACCAUGCAAAAACGGAGCUACUUGUCAAGAUGGCGUCAAUAGCUUCAGAUGCCAGUGCGCGGCUGGCUUCACAGGGCCGCACUGUGAACUGAACAUCAAUGAAUGCCAGUCUAACCCGUGUAGAAAUCAAGCCACCUGUGUGGAUGAAUUAAACUCAUACAGUUGUAAAUGUCAGCCGGGAUUUUCAGGCAGCAGGUGUGAAACAGAACAGUCUACGCGCUUUAACCUGGAUUUUGAAGUUUCUGGUACCUAUGGUUACGUCAUCCUAGACGGUGUGCUUCCCUCUCUCCACGCCAUAACCUGCACGUUCUGGAUGAAAUCCUCUGAUCUCAACAACUAUGGAACGCCGAUCUCCUAUGCGCUGGAGAAUGGCAGCGACAAUACCUUCCUUCUGACCGAUUACAAUGGCUGGGUUCUUUAUGUGAAUGGCAAGGAAAAGAUAACAGAUUGUCCCUCCGUGAAUGACGGCAGUUGGCAUCAUAUUGCAAUCACAUGGACAAGUGUGGAUGGAGCCUGGAAAGUCUAUAUUGAUGGCAAAUUAUCUGAUGGUGGUAUGGGUCUCUCCAUAGGUUCGGCCAUACCUGGUGGCGGUGCAUUAGUUCUUGGGCAAGAGCAAGACAAAAAAGGAGAGGGAUUCAACCCAGCGGAGUCUUUUGUGGGCUCCAUAAGCCAGCUCAACCUCUGGGACUAUGUCCUGUCUCCACAGCAGGUGAAAUCAUUGGCUACCUCAUGCCCAGAGGAGCUCACCAAAGGAAAUGUGUUAGCCUGGCCUGACUUCCUGUCGGGAAUUGUGGGGAAAGUGAAGAUCGAUUCCAAGAGCAUAUUCUGUUCUGAUUGCCCACCCUUAGAAGGAGCCAUACCUCAUCUGCGGACUGCAUCAGUAGACUUAAAACCAGGCUCCAGGAUCAGUCUGUCGUGUGAUCCAGGCUUCCAGAUGGUCGGGAACCCUGUGCAGUACUGUCUGAAUCAAGGACAGUGGACACAACCAUUCCCUCACUGUGAACGCAUUAGCUGUGGGUUGCCACCCUCUUUGGAGAAUGGCUUUUAUUCAGCCGAGGACUUCCAUGCUGGCAGCACAGUGACCUACCAGUGCAACAAUGGCUACUAUUUGUUGGGUGAUUCAAGGAUGUUCUGUACCAAUAAUGGGAGCUGGAAUGGCAUUUCACCAUCAUGCAUUGAUGUUGACGAAUGUGCACUUGGGUCCGAUUGUAGCAAGUAUGCUUCCUGCCUGAACACGAAUGGGUCCUACACUUGCUUGUGUAACCCUCACUACACGGGAGAUGGUAAACACUGUGCAGAACCAAUAAAAUGUAAGGUUCCAGGAAAUCCAGAAAAUGGCCACUCUUCUGGUGAGAUUUACACAGUGGGUGCCGAAGUCACAUUUUCUUGUGAGGAAGGAUACCAGCUGAUGGGCGCAAACAAAAUCACAUGUUCGGAGUCUGGAGAAUGGAGCCAUCUGAUACCACAUUGUGAAGCUGUUUCCUGCAGUGCACCAGCUGCUCCAGAAAACGGUGCCAUUGAUGGGUCAGCAUUUACCUACGGCAGUAAAGUGAUAUAUAGGUGUAAUAAAGGAUAUACUCUCGAGGGUGAUAAAGAGUCAUCCUGUCUUGCUAGCGGUUCUUGGAGUCACUCUCCUCCUGUGUGUGAACCAGUCAAGUGUUCCAGCCCUGAAAACAUAAACCAUGGGAAAUACGUUUUGAGCGGGCUUACCUACCUUUCUACUGCAUCGUAUUCCUGCGAGAGUGGGUACAGCUUGCAGGGCCCUUCCAUCCUUGAAUGCUCGGCAUCCGGCAGCUGGGACAGAGCGCCACCUACCUGUCAUCUUGUCUUCUGUGGAGAGCCUCCUGCCAUCAAAGAUGCUGUCAUCACCGGCAAUAACUUCACUUUGGGAAGCACCGUCACUUACACCUGCAAAGAAGGCUACACCCUCGCUGGACCUGACACCAUUGAAUGCCUGGCCAGUGGCAAGUGGAGUGGAAGUAACCAGCAGUGUCUGGCUGUCUCCUGUGACGAGCCCCCCCACGUGGACCACGCCUCUCCAGAGACUGCCCAUCGGUUAUUUGGAGACAUUGCAUUCUACUACUGUGCGGAUGGCUACAGCCUGGCAGACAAUUCCCAGCUGCUCUGCAAUGCCCAGGGCAAGUGGGUUCCCCCAGAAGGUCAGGCCAUGCCCCGGUGUAUAGCUCACUUCUGUGAAAAACCCCCAUCUGCUUCCUACAGCAUCUUGGAAUCUAUAAGCAAAGCAAAAUUUGCAGCAGGCUCCGUUGUGAGCUUCAAAUGCCUGGAAGGUUUCGUACUGAACACCUCAGCAAAGAUUGAAUGCAUGAGAGGCGGGGAGUGGAACCCCUCCCCCAUGUCCAUCCAGUGCAUCCCCGUGCGGUGUGGAGAGCCACCGAGCAUCAUGAAUGGCUAUGCGAGUGGAUCAAACUACAGUUUUGGGGCCAUGGUGGCUUAUAGCUGCAACAGGGGCUUCUACAUCAAAGGGGAGAAGAAGAGCACUUGCGAAGCCACAGGACAGUGGAGUAGCCCCAUACCUACGUGCCACCCAGUGUCUUGCAGUGAGCCACCUAAGAUUGAGAAUGGCUUUCUGGAGCAUGUCACUGGCAGGGUCUUUGAGAGUGAAGUGAGAUUUCGGUGUAACCCGGGAUAUAAGCUAAUUGGAAGCCCUGUAUUUGUCUGCCAAGCCAAUCGCCACUGGCACAGUGAAUCCCCUCUGUCGUGCAUCCCUCUCAGCUGUGGAAAACCUCCCCCGAUCCAGCAUGGCUACAUGAAAGGAGACAAUUUUGAAGUGGGGUCCAAAGUUCAGUUUUUCUGUAAUGAGGGUUAUGAACUUAUUGGAGAUAACUCUUGGACAUGCCAGAAAUCUGGCAAAUGGAACAAGAAGCCAAACCAAAAGUGUGUGCCCACCAAGUGCCCAGAUCCACCCCUCCUGGAAAACCAGCUGGUGCUGAAAGAGUUGACUGCGGAGGUGGGAGUGGUGAUGCUCUCCUGUAAAGAAGGGCAUGUCCUCCAGGGCCCCUCUGUCCUGAAAUGCCUGCCAUCCCAGCAAUGGAAUGAUUCUUUUCCUGUUUGUAAGAUGGUUCUUUGCCUCCCACCUCCCCUAAUUGCCUUUGGUGUCCCUGCUCCUGCUUCCGCUCUUCAUUUUGGAAGUACCGUCAACUAUUCGUGUGUGGAUGGCUUUUUCCUAAGAGGAGAUCCUACCAUCCUCUGCCAAGCUGACGGUACCUGGAGCUCUCCACUGCCUGAAUGUGUCCCAGUGGAAUGCCCCCAACCUGAAGAAAUCCUCAAUGGCAUCAUCGAUGUGCAUGGUCUUGCCUAUCUCAGCACAGCUCUCUAUACCUGCAGGCCAGGCUUUGAGUUGGUGGGAAAUACUACCAUCCUAUGUGGAGAAGAUGGUCACUGGCUUGGAGGCAAACCAACAUGUAAACCCAUUGAGUGUCCAAAGCCCAAGGAGGUUUUGAAUGGACAAUUCUCUCACACAAACCUAUACUCUGGACAAACCAUUACGAUCUCCUGUGACCCAGGCUUCAGGCUUGAAGGUCCCAAGACCUUGACCUGUUUAGAGACAGGUGAUUGGGAUGUGGAUGUCCCAUCUUGCAGUGCCAUCCACUGUGACCCCCCGCAACCCAUUGAUAAUGGCUUCGUCGAAGGUGCAGAUUAUAGCUAUGGUUCUAUGAUCAUCUACAGCUGCUUCCCUGGAUUCCAGAUGGCUGGUCAUGCCAUGCAUACCUGUGAAGAGUCCGGAUGGUCAAGCUCCAGCCCAACCUGUGUACCCAUAGACUGUGGUCUCCCUCCUGAAACUGACUUUGGAGACUAUACUAAGCUCAAGGAUGGUGAGGGGUAUUUUGACCAAGAGGAAGAUAUGAUGGAAGUUCCCUAUCUGACUCCUCACCCUCAUCAUUAUCUGGAAGCAGUGGUUAAAACCUGGGAAAACUCAACUCCUGCUACGCUUUCGACAAGCUUUCUACAUGGCACCAUGGUCUCAUACACCUGUAAUCCAGGUUAUGAACUUUUGGGGAACCCUGUGCUGAUCUGCCAGGAAGAUGGAACUUGGAACAGCAGUGCCCCAUCCUGCAUUUCAAUUGAAUGUGACUUGCCUGUUGCUCCUGAAAAUGGCUUUUUGCAUGUUACAGAGACCACCAUGGGCAGUGCUGUCCAGUAUAGCUGCAAACCCGGGUACAUUCUGGUGGGCUCCGACAUAAGACUUUGUCUACAGAAUAAAGAGUGGAGUGGUGCUUCCCCGCACUGUGAGGCCAUCGCAUGCAAAAAACCAAGUCCAGUUACAAAUGGCUCCAUCAAAGGAAACAACUACACCUACCUGAGUGUGUUGUACUAUGAAUGUAAUCCCGGGUACGUGUUGAAUGGCACUGAGAGGAGAACGUGCCAAGAAAAUAAAAAUUGGGAUGGGAAUGAGCCAGUUUGCAUUCCUGUGGACUGUCGUUCACCCCCAAUCUUAGCCAAUGGCCAGGUGAGAGGAGAUGAGUACACAUUCCAAAAAGAGGUUGAGUACACUUGCAAUGUAGGGUUCUUACUUGAGGGAGCCAGGAGUCGUGUUUGUCUGGCCAAUGGAAGUUGGAGUGGAACCACCCCCAUCUGUGUGCCUGUCAACUGUGCCACCCCACCUCAGGUGGCAAAUGGGGUGAUGGAUGGCCUGGAGUAUGGCUUCGGGAAGGAAGUGGUGUUCCGCUGUCAGGAGGGCUACGUGUUGCACGGUGCUCCAAAGCUCACCUGUCAAUCAGACGGGAACUGGGACGCAGAGUUUCCUCUCUGUAAACUGGUUAACUGUGGACCUCCUGAAGAUCUUUCCCAUGGCUUCCCUAAUGGCUUUUCCUUUUAUCAUGGGGGGCAUAUACAGUAUCAGUGCCUUUCCGGUUAUAAGCUCCAUGGAAGUCCUUCAAGAAGGUGUCUCUCCAAUGGCUCCUGGAGUGGCAGCCCACCUUCCUGCCAGCCUUGCAGGUGUUUCACACCAGUCAUUCAAGGUGGAACUGUCAACAGAACAGAUUUGGGUUGUGGAAAGACAGCUCAGCUUCAGUGCUUUAAAGGCUUCAAGCUCCUGGGACCUUCUGAAAUCACCUGUGAAGCCGAUGGCCAGUGGAGCUCUGACUUCCCCCGCUGUGAACACAUGUCUUGUGGUUCUCUCCCAACAAUACCAAAUGCAUUCAUCAGUGAGAGUGACUCUUUGGAAGAAAAUGUGAUAACUUACAGCUGCAGACCUGGGUAUGUCAUCCAGGGCAGUUCACAUCUGACUUGCACCGAGAAAGGGAUGUGGAGCCAGCCUUAUCCAGUUUGUCAGCCCCUGUCCUGCGGACCCCCACCAUCUGUUGCCAAUGCAGUGGCAAUUGGAGAGGCGCACACCUAUGAAAGUAAAGUGAAGCUCAGAUGUCUGGAAGGUUAUGUGAUGGACACAGACAUAGAUACAUUCACCUGUCAGAAAGAUGGCCGUUGGUCCCCUGAGAGAAUCUCCUGCAGUCCCAAAAACUGUUCUCUGCCAGCAAACAUCACACGUGUACUUGUUCAUGGGGACGAUUUCAGUGUGAACCAGCAAGUUUCUGUGUCAUGUGCAGAAGGCUACACCUACGAGGGAGUUAACAUAUCGACCUGUCGGCUUGAUGGCACCUGGGAGCCACCAUUUUCUGAUGAAUCGUGCAGUCCAGUUUCUUGCGGGAAACCUGAAAGUCCAGAAUAUGGAUUUGUGAUUGGCAGUAUAUUCAGCCUUGGAAGCACGGUGAUUUAUCAGUGUGAGCCCGGCUAUGAAUUAGAGGGGAACAUUGAACGUUUCUGUCAGGAGAACAGACAGUGGAGUGGAGAGGUAGCAACGUGCAAAAAGAUCAGUUGUGAAGCUCCAAUUGAGUUCCUGAACGGGAAAGCUGAGGUGGAAAAUACCACCAUUGGCCCCAGAGUGGUGUAUUCCUGCAACAGAGGCUACAGUCUGGAAGGGUCGCCCGAGGUCUAUUGCACUGAAAAUGGAAGCUGGAGCCACCCAGUUCCUCACUGCAAACCAAACCCAUGCCCUGUCCCUUUUGUCAUUCCUGAGAACGCUCUGCUCUCUGAAAAGGAGUUUUACGUGGACCAGAAUGUGUCCAUCAAGUGUAGAGAAGGCUUCCUGCUCCAGGGCCAGGCCGUCAUUACCUGCAACCCUGACGAGACGUGGACACAGACAAGUGCCAAGUGUGAAAAAAUCUCAUGCGGUCCACCAAGUCAUGUACCAAAUGCAAUUGCUCGAGGCGUACAUUAUCAGUAUGGGGACAUGAUCACCUACUCGUGUUACAGUGGGUACAUGUUGGAAGGUUCCCUAAGGAGUGUUUGCCUAGAGAGUGGAAAUUGGACAUCACCUCCUAUUUGCCGGGCCGUCUGUCGAUUCCCAUGUCAGAAUGGAGGUAUCUGCCAACGCCCAAAUGCUUGCUCCUGUCCAGACGGCUGGAUGGGGCGCCUCUGUGAAGAACCAAUAUGCAUUCUUCCCUGUCUGAAUAGCGGUCGCUGUGUGGCCCCUUAUCAGUGUGACUGCCCACCUGGCUGGACGGGGUCCCGCUGUCAUACAGCUGUUUGCCAGUCUCCCUGCUUAAAUGGUGGAAAAUGCGUAAGACCAAACCGAUGCCAUUGUCUCUCAGCUUGGACUGGACACGACUGUUCCAGGAAAAGGAGGACUGGGUUUUAACCACUGCACAACCAAGGCGCUCUCCCUAAGAACAGGGUCAUCUCUUCCUGGUAGCCCUGGGUAUCCCAGAACUUACGCAAAGAAAUUCCAACACGGUGCUGGGUCUCGUUUUGUGUAGUACACAUGUUAUUUGGGGUUUACCUUUUUAUUUUGUGUUAUAUUUUGUUCCUUCUUGUGACGUACUUUCUUACAUGUUUCCAUUUUUAAAAAUGCCUGUAUUUUCUAUAUAAAAAUAUAUUAAAUAGAUGCUGCUCCACUCACAAAAUGUACAUACUCUGCUGUCUAUUGGGAAAGUACCUGGUACACAUUUUUAUUCAGUUACUGAAAAUGAUGUUUCAAUUAAAAUAUAUUUUGCUACUAAAUAA